GGGUGGGCGCGGCUAACUAGGCGAGGACUUCCGGCUUUGUGGACACGUGGUUCCGUGUCAGUCUGCCUGUCAGUGGAGGUGAAGCUCUCCAACCCUCCUCUCCCUUUACUCCUCCUAGUUCUUCCUCCUCUUGCGUCUCAUUUCCUCUAACUUUGUUCGUCUUGAUACCAGCCGACUGCCUGCCAGGCCGCGCUCAACAGUCCAAAGGACGAGUGUGCGUGCUCAAGUGUGCGUGUGUGAUAUUGUAUGUGUGCGUGCCAGCUACCCUCCCGUCCGUGUUAUCCUCCCCAACAUUCCGCCUGGUUGUGUCGGUCAUGACGCUGGAAGCGAUCCGCUACCGUGCCGGGUCUCUGCAGAUCCUCAACCAGCUGCUGCUGCCUCACCAGACCGUCUACGAUGACAUCCGCUCGGUGCAGGACGCCUACGACGCCAUCAAGUCCAUGAAGGUACGCGGUGCCCCAGCCAUCGCCAUCGUAGGUUGCCUAAGCUUGGCUGUGGAGUUACGAGCAGGCGCGGGUGGCGAGGACCCCGUGACGUUCAUCCGUGAAUCGUUGUGUCGCCUGACAUCAGCGAGGCCCACCGCUGUCAACAUGGGCCGUGCCGCCCGUGAACUGAUGGAGUUUGCCGAGAACGAAAGCAUGGAGAAGAACUCUGAGCAGCUGAGGGAAAGUGUAAUAGCCUGGAUUGAAGACAUGCUGGAGCGAGAUGUCAACGACAACAAGAAGAUCGGAAACUUUGGCGCCCAGCACAUCCUUUCGGGUGUCCCGAGGGAGUCGGUGACCAUCCUCACACACUGCAACACUGGCUCGCUGGCCACGGCUGGAUACGGGACUGCACUAGGAGUGGUGCGAAGCCUCCACACGCUGGGCCGGCUGAAACGUGUCUACUGCACGGAGACGAGACCGUACAACCAGGGGUCUCGACUCACGGCGUACGAAGCAGUAGCAGAGGGAAUCCCCGCUACGCUAAUCACAGACAGCAUGGCGGCCCUCACCAUGAGAGAAAUGAACAUCACAGCUGUGGUGGUAGGAGCGGACAGGGUGGUUGCCAAUGGCGACACGGCCAACAAAGUCGGAACGUACCAGCUAGCCAUUGCUGCCAAGCAUCAUGGGAUUCCUUUCUAUGUGGCCGCUCCCAGCACUUCAUGUGACUUAAGCCUGGAAAGUGGCAGGGACAUCGUAAUUGAAGUUCGUCCGCCUGAUGAACUCACCAGUAUAAAUGGCGUCCCCAUCGCUGCUUCAGGUAUUGAGGUGUGGAACCCGGCGUUUGACGUGACUCCCCACCAGCUCAUCACAGGAGGCAUCAUCACAGAGCUGGGGGUCUUCCUCCCCUCGGAGCUCCAGGCAGCCCUCACUGGCCGCCUCACUGCGCUCUAGAGCCUCACCUGCUGGCACUUUGUUGUCACUGCACCUUACUUUCAGACACUGACACUUAAUUUCAUCGUAACACACACAUACACACACAUACACACGCACGCACACUGUCACGAUGUUAUUCAAUUUUGGUUAAAAAAAAUAAACAAAAACAAAAAAAACCCACAUAAGUGGAAGAAAACGUGUUUUACUUUUCCUCUCCCUCUUUGACACACACACACACAGAAACACACUCAGUGCGCAAGCCGAAACACACUGCAGGGAAUCAAACAUUUGUGAGCAGUUACGCCCCCAUUCCUUUCCAUAUUUUUCCUCCCAUCACUCUAAUCUCACAGUUGUUAUGCUGCUCCUAAUUUUUGGCCGUUUUUUUUUUCUUCACUUUUCAAAAGGCUUCUGUGAGUGCUGACAUGACUCCAAUCUUUCAGCUGGGUUUAGCAACAUAUUUUGAGUCUUACCUGAAGGAAAUUUUCAGGGCAACUACAAACAAUAACAUUGAUGACCAGACUGAUUUUCAUAUUAAAAUUACCGGUAGUAUUCCGAUCAGGUCUAGUCUCUGAAAGUGCUGCUGUCCACUUGUAAAUACGUAUGUGUCUUUGCUGGUAGCAUGUACAUAAUGUAGAAAUCAAAUCUACUGCCACUGCUGAUUUAGUAAAUUCAAAUGACGCACAGUGGCAUCAAAAUUUUAUAUUAACAUUUCAUUUCUGUCUUUGUGUAGAUACUUUAGUAGGAGUGUCAUUCAAAUUCAUAGCUGUAAUUUGAAACGAUCAUUUCAAAUAAAAAAAAAAGGAAUAUCUUGAUGGGUCCCGAAGACAAAACAUCGCUAAUUUUAUCCCGUACUUACUUAUCAUACACGCUUACUUCAUCUUAUCCACUUAUAGUAUGUACAUAGCCAUUUCAGAACCAUUCUCACCAUGUUCAUCGUCUACUGCACUCUUUGGAAUAAUCUAGAGAAGGGAAAGUGUAUCCCAAAACAGUGUUUGCUUUGAAUUCGCAUAUACACACAGCGAGGGAUAGACCUCAAAAUAAAAGUUUGACAUUCAAGUGUGAAUUGGUCAGGGUUUUUUUUUUUUCGUUGAACAAUGCUGAGUUAUCUUUGUGUUCCUUCUUGCCUGAGCACAAGAUGGCUGUGAAUUAUUUGAGGAAACUGUGCAAAUAAAACAGACAGGUUGGUUAAUUGACCGAAAACAUUACACUACUCUGGAAGGUGUUUUCGAAGCUCGAAACCCACAGACGUGCUGCUCACUGUAACUGAAAACUGGUCUCGUCAAGAAAAGUGAAAUAUUUGACUCUUUCAUUAAUUGAGUUAACAUGAUCCAAUUGACAUAAAAACAAUCAUUGAAAUAUUUUAGGAGUCAGACAGAAAUGUAACAUAGUUACAGUUAACACAGGAAGCUUGGGACGACACUUCUGUGUUCUGUGAGAUUGAUGCAAAAAAGAAAAAAAAAAGACAAUAUUCAACUCAGAUAUUUUUUUUUAGAUUAUCAGAAUCAAAUCUAAUUUCUUUCAUGAACCUGCCAUAAAAACAAAAAUUCAGAUUGAAAUUGCUGGGUUUUCUUUUAUUUAAGGAGCACAGAUGGAUUUUAAGCUGAAAGAAUAAUACAAUUGUGCUUUUAUCUCAGCAUUUUGUGUUUAUUAUCUGCAGUUUCUCUCAGAGUAAUCACAGUGGGCAUUUUGCUUGGGUUUGGGAGAUUGGUAUGUCUUCAUUUGCAGUGAAGUAACUGUCAGGCCAUGUGAUCUGGCAGAAUUCUUUCAUGUCUCCACUCAACUCAUUUUAAAACAUGACAACACGGCUGUCACAUGCCCUUUAUUUUACUGGAUCAACCACGAGUGUUGCUUCAAAAUGCUUUUUGAACCCCGUUCCUACUAUAUAUUGACAAUCUACUGGAUGAACCAUAUUGUAAAGGUGCACAUCCAUUGAUGAGAAUAUUGUGAUAAACUUAUUUUGUUUCAUUAGUUCAACGUAA